GGCGAGGAUGUGACGUGAACUUCCGUGAUGAUUUCUUCUGGACGGCUGUGAUGUGUGCGAGUAAAGCAGGACAGACGGAGGCCGUUGGUUUGCUCCUGCGUCACGGAGCUGCUUGGGUGGGAGUGGUGGACAGACAGGUCUUCAAGGGUUAACCUCACGUGGGUGUUUCAGCAUGUGUGGUUGAGAGCGGCAUGAAGAUGAAAGAUGAGACUAAAACGAAAGCUGUGAGACUUGAUCUGUUCUGGGGCAGAGAUGCUCGGGAUCUGGCUCUGCAGGCGGGUCACCAGGAUGUAGUGAGAGAACUGGAGCAGAUUGUGAUCUCGGACGCACCACACAUACCUACUACAAACCAUACGGAGAGUGCUGCUUCUCAGUGGUGUGAUGUGUGUGCGGUGUGUUACACAGACAGCACUGAAACACACUCCAGGUCCACGCUGCAUCAGUUCAGUAAGCUCCGCCCCCCGGCCACGCCCCAGUACUGCCUGCCCUCCUCCAGCACCAGCUAUAAAAUGAUGCUCCGCCUGGGCUGGAACCCCGCCUCUGGCCUAGGCCCCGCCCACUCGGGCCGCAAGAACCCAGUCAGCACGAUCCUGAAGAGAGAUCAGGCGGGCCUGGGGUACGGAGAGACCCCGCAGCCCAAAGUCACACACUUCCAGCCCAGAGAUCCUCAGGCUGUGCAACACAUCCAUAAAGAGAAGAGACUGAGACAGGAGAAAAGAGCGACGCUCAGCGCUAAAGAACUCAAGAGGAAAGAAGAGCGAGACCAGAGAUGGGAAAGAGACUACCGAACUUCCUUUAACUAUGACUUCUGAUCCGAUGAACUUUAGAUUCAGAUACAAUUCAUUUGAAAGAAACAAAUUGCGUUCAGUCAUGAAAGACUGCUUAAAAACAUUUCAUAUAGAAGACGAAACAACUGUUAACACAAACUGGAUGAAACAUUAUUAAAAAAAAAAAAAAGCUGUCAGUGGGUUGUGAGUUUAUAUAAUUAGUUUAGAAAAUAUGAUUAAAAAUUUUUUUUGUCAUUUGAUGUCAUCAGCCUCAAUUUUACAUGCAUUUCGGAUAUAUAUUGAAUAUAUGUGACCCCGGACCACAAAACCUUAA